GCCCGCGCGGCCGCGCGCAUGCGCUUUCCCUCUCUACGGAGCCUGCGCUCCCGCCGCGGGAGCGGCGCGCGCCAUGGAGCCUAUAAAGCUUCGCUGAUUUCUAUUAAGAUUUCUGGAGCAGAAGAAGCCUGGACAAAGGAAGGCAAGUGAGCGUGUCGUUUGACCGUUCACAAGCAAUCUUCUGAACAAACAUCUUUAUGCCUUGUAGGUGCUGGAUGGAAGUAAGGCAAAAAUAUGCUUGCGGAGCUGAAGAUCUUCCACUACAGGUUUAAGGUUUACACUUUAAAAGUAGCAAGAGAGCCAGCUGGGGCUAGAGAAGCUGAUUGGUGAUGCAGAAUCUUCUGAGAGUUCUUGAUGCCAUCAGGUGUGGAAGAGGAACAACCCUGCUAAGGCAAGACCCAAUUUUGAAGGAGAUGGUAGUACUCAAAAUCACUGCUUGAACUGCUUUCUUUUGCUGAAUUCAAACGCACAAACAAGAGAUGGUCAGCAGUCAGCCUGUCCCCAUAGCAGACAGUGGGAAAAAGAAAAAGAAAAAAAGAACCAGAGCCACAGAUCAUGUCCCUGGAAAGUUUGAAGACUUGUACAAGCUGACUGCUGAGCUCCUUGGUGAAGGAGCAUAUGCUAAAGUUCAAGGUGCUGUCAGUCUCCAAACUGGGAAAGAAUAUGCAGUAAAAAUCAUUGAAAAAAAUGCUGGACACAGUCGGAGUCGGGUUUUUCGGGAAAUAGAAACGCUGUACCAGUGUCAGGGUAAUAAGAACAUUUUGGAGUUAAUAGAGUUUUUUGAAGAUGACACGAGAUACUACCUUGUCUUUGAGAAGCUGCGAGGAGGUUCGAUAUUGGCCCAUAUACAAAAGCGGAAGCAAUUUAAUGAACGAGAAGCAAGCAAAGUGGUGAGAGAUAUUGCCUCUGCUCUGAAUUUUCUUCAUACAAAAGGUAUUGCUCACAGAGACCUGAAACCUGAAAACAUCCUGUGUGAAUCUCCAGAAAAGGUGUCACCAGUAAAAAUAUGUGACUUUGAUCUUGGUAGUGGGGUUAAGCUGAACAGUGCGUGUACUCCAAUAACUACUCCAGAGUUAACUACGCCGUGUGGGUCUGCAGAAUACAUGGCACCUGAAGUGGUUGAAGUCUUCACAGAGGAGGCCACGUUCUACGAUAAGCGCUGUGAUCUUUGGAGCCUGGGAGUGAUUCUGUACAUCAUGCUCAGUGGUUACCCCCCUUUUGUGGGCAACUGUGGCACAGACUGUGGCUGGGACAGAGGAGAAGUCUGCAGAGUUUGCCAGAACAAGCUCUUUGAGAGCAUUCAGGAAGGAAAAUAUGAGUUUCCUGACAAGGACUGGUCACAUAUAUCCUCUGAUGCCAAAGAUCUCAUCUCAAAGUUGCUGGUUCGUGAUGCCAAAGAACGACUUAGUGCUGCUCAAGUUUUGCAACAUUCAUGGGUUCAAGGACAGGCUCCUGAGAGGGGAUUACCUACGCCACAAGUUCUUCAAAGGAAUAGCAGCACAAAAGACCUGACACUUUUUGCUGCUGAGGCUAUAGCCCUUAACCGCCAGUUAUCUCAGCAUGAGAGUGAGCUCAACAUGGAGCAGGAGAACAUUGCACAUGCUGUAUGUUCCAUGAAGCUUUCUCCACCAUCUAAGUCCCGCCUCGCCAAGCGCAGAGCAAUGACGCAGGCCACCAAAAAUGAUGACUUCCAGCCAGUUCCCCAUAAAGCCUUUUAAACUUCUUUCGCGCUAUGGAUUGGCAAGAUUGGCCUGUUUUCUUGUUUGGAUCUUCAGCACCUAUCAAAGCUUCUCUAUUUCUGACUUUUGAUUAGAAGCUUGCUCUUUUGAAGCAUCUCAUAACUUUAAGGGGAUAACUUUUUAUGGGAAUGUUUCUUUGCCUGUCAGAUUUGGUGCAUUAAGAUAAUGUAACUGAUCUUUUUAAACUAGAGAAGAUGUUUGCUGCUAAGUUAUCUGAGGUGGUAAAUCACUAAGCUUUCUUUGUUUUAUCCUUUAAGGAACACACUCUAAAAUGCAAACUUGAAAAUGCCGGAAAAAAGGCUUUUCUUGCUUUGCCUGGCAAAGUGUCAAAGCUCCCUACCUAUGACUGCUGUCUUUGAUGGUAAAUCUUCCAAGGCGCUACUGCUAGUGUGAGCAGCAGGGGCUGUUUCCAACCAACAGUGCCCUUUUCUCUGUACCCUCAGGAAACAAUGACGAUUAGGUGAAUCUCUGUCACCAUUACCUUCAUCGGGCUUAAAUUGUGUGUGGAUGAUAUUGUAAAGGUCCAAGCGUUUGUCAGGCUUGUAGAGAUGGAGGGAACAGGGUUACCUUUUUUUCUUUUCUUUUUUUUCCCCUUCUCCUGUGGAUGGUUUGUACAUCAGCAUGUGGGACAAAAGCUGGAAGAAGGUGGUAUUUCUUUGACAUCUUUUUGUUCUCUUGAGUAGAACAUGUGCCAUUCUCAGUUUUCUUUAUCCUGUGUGCCCUUCUCUUACUGUUACAUUGUUAAAUCCAAUACCAUGAUAUAACAGAUGAGUUUGCUUAGUGUCUGUUUUUUCCACAUUAAUGCUAUCCUCAGUUAUACUUUUCUGCUUUUAAACUCAUAUCACUCAAGUUCUUCUGUAUUGCAUUAUCUGGAGUUCUUAAUGUGAAUGGACAGGCUUCAGUAAAUUUUGGUGUGUGAAUAAUUAAGAAUUUCCAAAAGCAAAGGUACGUUUGUGAAUAAACAGUGCUGCAGCUGUGGUAGUUGGCCUCCUGCAGUGAUCAGGCCAGAUAGGUAAAAUUCAGAUUCUCGUUCUAGUGCUGCGGUGCCCUGGAGCUUAGGAGUAAUUUGAAAAGGUACUGUCUGAACGGCUGAAGGUUUUGGAUGACCAGAGUGAGGUCCCUGUAGAAAAGGAUGCCAGUGUUGAGCACUUUCUGAAAUGUAAGCUGUGAAAAUUGGGCCACUAAGGUGCCCCAUAUGAUGCAUCUUAGACUUGCCAGCUGUUUCUGAAGACGUUUGCUGGUGUGCAAGGUGGGGAGAGGGAGGAGGCUUCCAAGUGCUAGCACAAACCUUUCCAAGCAGCAUGAGAAGGAAUAAAGUAGCUGAUCCAACAAGCAGUUGGAAAUUGAGGAGUCAAAGCUGAGUAUCUUUGGCCUAUUCAGAGUGGUUUUACAGUAUCUUUUAGCAGUGUGCAUAUGAAUAUUUUUAUACAACAUGCUGUAUUUUGUGAUUAAUAUUAAAGUUCUUAUUUAAAUUAUUUUAUACAUUGUGUCAGUGAAGGGAUUAUGAAAUGUAUUUGCCUUUGUUUUUAUUAAAAUGUUUUAAGUUAUAGAGUUAA